UAGUGCCACCCAUCCAUCUGUGGGGCCCCAUCUUCAGGGCUCCCUCUGUCUCCCGGGGGAAAGGAUGUCACCACAGCAGUGAGGUGAUUAAUGUGCAGCCUUUCCUGGUCUGAGAUACAGAGAUACCCUGCCGGUCUCGCCCUCCACAGUCUGCUGAGGACGGUGUCAUGUCGGUGACUGCUUUCUUCUUCCUCCUGACCCUACAGCCUCAUGGGUAUGGGCUGCCCACUGGGGCCAGCCAGGUCCCAUGGAUAGGGGCUAAAGCCUUGGAGGCCAGAGAGCCCUUGGUCAUCCGAAUGAAGAGAAAUUCCUUUGAGGAUGAGGAUGAUGAGGAUGUACCUUACGAGACCCCAGAACCAGAGCUCAUGAACAAGGACAAUUCAACUACACCAUCUCUAGUCACAGCAGGAGGAACACAGCAGGGGGCCACGAGUGCACCUGUAACCACAGACUUGGAACCCGUGACACAUGAGGCCACUGUAGGGAAGCUGGCCAUGGAGGAGUUGACCACAGAAGCAGGAUAUGGGGGUACCACGAAUGCCCACCUAGCAGAGGAGACUACCAAAGGGCAGCAGACCACACGUGACCUCGCAACAGAGAAAGUGGCUACAGAUCCGCCAGAAACAGUUAUCCCUACCACAGAGGAGUCAGCUUCCAAGGUCCCGAGUUCAGGGCAGCAAGGCAUCCAAAAUUCCACUGCAGGGGAUGUGGGCACAGAUACAGUGGCUAUCUCUACCAUGGGGAAAGCAGCCACGGGCCCAUUCACCACGGGCACUCUGGCUUUGGACACAUUCAAGCCAGAGACUGUAACCCCUACCAUGGGACAGCUGGUGACAGACUCUGCUACCACAGGGGAGCCACCCACCAGCUCCCCAGCAGAGCACAGCAGCCUGGCUUCAUCCACGAAUGCUUCUGCCUUUUUUGUCAAUACAGGUCACCCCACACACAAUUCUUCUACCACUUCCUCCCCACUCUCCUCAUCCAGUGCACACUUAGAUCCUCCUAAACCUGAGGUAGCCACGGGACAGAUUGGACUCUCCAAUACCACGGCCCUGGUGAUUGUGGCCACCACUACCCAUCAGUUCCUCUCUGGCCACAUCCCAGUGAGGCAGUGCCUGCUGGCUGUCCUCAUCUUGGCCCUCAUUGCCACCAUCUUCCUGAUCUGCACUGUGGUCCUGGCCAUCCGGCUCUCCAAGAAGGGCCACACUUAUCCAGUUCGGGAUUACUCCCCCACAGAGAUGGUCUGCAUCUCCUCCCUACUGGCCGAGGGUGAAGGGCCACCCGCAGCCAAUGGGGGCCCAGUGAGUGCCAAGACCCAGCUUCUAAAGCCUACCCCAGGCCCUAGAGAAGACUGUGAUGGGGAUGAUCUGACCCUUCAUAGCUUCCUCCCAUAACCCUCACCAACCCACCCUGUCUCCAUGCAACCCCCUUGCAUUCCCUUAAAGGGAUCAGACAGAGAUGGGCCCUGUGCCCAAGAGAGACAGGCAUGGGAGUUCUGAAUACUUGGCACCAGGGAAGCUGGGAGGCAAUCAUAUGGAAAGUUCGCCAGAAGCUUCUUAUUCUUCCUGGUUGUAAAGAUGGAGUCCCGGGACCUGAGUUCAAAUCCUGGCUUUGUCACUUAGUUCUUGUGUGAAUUUGGCAAGUUUCCUCCCCUUUCUUCAGCCUCUGCUUCCUCAAAUGUAAAAAGAAAAGGAAUGAACUUCUAAGGUUGCUUCCGUCUCUUAAGCUAAGAUCAAUGAAGGAGGGAAGCUCUGGUAUGGGGUGGGAAGGGGAGGAGGCGUUCCCUGUAAUACCUAACUAAGAGAACUGAGAUCCACAACAGUGGAACACUAUGAGCGUGGGAGGUCUGGAUGAGCAGGGAAAUGAAAAAUUGCCUCUACUGUGUAUAUAUGUGGUGUGGGGUGUUUUUGUUUUUGUUUGUUUGUUUGUUUUUUUGAGGCAAUUGGGGUUAAAUGACUUGCCCAGGGUCACACAGCUAGUAAGUGUUAAGUGUCUGAGGCCG